AUUGUUUUGUUAAACUAUAACUGACAAUUUAGUAGGGAUGGGUCUGAUCAUUUUACGUGUAAAAUCUUUUUUAAAUCAUCGAUUUUCGAUGGUUGUUUACAUAGAACUUGCAAUCGAAAAUUACGUUUGACGUUUUGAUCUUAACACAAGACAGAUUCUCAAUAGAUGGUUCCGAUACGCAUACGGCACUAUGACUUUCUUUUGGCAGUUUGACGUUGACAGAUUCAUUGUCACCAAAAUAUUUAUUUGAGAAUUAAAUGCUUUUAGAAGAAAAUUAAUAUUAAUUUACUUGUUAUAAAUUAAACAAAAUGCGAGAACAAAGCAAUGCAUCAAUGAAACGGAGAACCCGGUUUAUUACAUGCGAGAUAUGUAAAUGUCGUGCAUUCAAAAAGGCCGGCACAAAAAGAGAAUUUAUGACGAGAUUCCCUAUGGAUGAGGCUCGAUGCAGGGAAUGGGUACGACUUGUAGGGAAAGAGGACUUAGCAUAUGUUCCAAUUGAAAAAUUACAUAGUUUAAAAUAUUUGUGCGGGCAACACUUUACUCCUAGAUCUUUUAAUAGAAAGAAAAGUCGGCUGAGAAAAAAUGCUAUACCAUCAUUAAAUUUCAAAUAUCCUCCCCUUUCUGAUGAAAUUUUGGCCGAUUUUCCUUUGCAUAUGUAUCAAGAUAGUAACACUGAAGCUUUUAAUGAGGAUAAAGAAAUUCCUACUCAAUCCGGACCUACUUUCCUUACGAAAUGUAAUGAUGAUAUGCGACCAAGAAAUAUAGAUACAUCACUUAUAGUACCUUAUAUAGCCUCAGGGAAUUUUCCAUCACCAGACUCACCUAUUUAUGAAGAUUUUGUAGACGAACCACCAACAUAUGAAGAAAAUGAAGCUUCCUUGGGUUAUACAUCAUGUGCUGAUAGAAAUCCAAUUAUGCAAACGGAAAUUUGUGCAGAAAAGACUGCUGUUGUAACUCUGGAUCCUUUAACGAGAAUCCCAAAACUUUUAAUAAAACCUAAAGAAGAUGCCAUAAAAAGGUCGGAAGAAACAAUAUUUGAUAAAAAGAAUAUUAUAGAUGUUACUCAGCUUCCUAUGUUCAGACGUACCGACUUGCUUAGUGAUUGCACUUUUAUACGUGUAAAUAGUAAAAAUAUGGAACAAGAUGAGAAAGAUGAGGAACCAAAGAAGGAAGUAUUAAUUAAAAAAAGAGUUAAAAAAUCUUCACAGAAGCAAAAAGGACUUAAUCCUCGUUCCGAACUUAUUGUUGAUGAGAAGGGUCGAAUUUUAUUGAAACAUUUUCCUAUAUCAAAUCCAGUUGUGACAUCAAAAGUGAAACAUUCCGAAAGCCGUACAGAUUUUUCAAAUCAAGAAAAUACAGAAGAUAAAGAGGAACAGCAAAUAACUGAAGAUAUCCCUCAGUGUAUAGUACCAGAUAUGUUAGAGCAAGAGUUUAACAAUAAUGUCGUUAGUACUCAAACAAUUGAAACUGGUAACAACAUAGUUCCAGUAACUAGAGGAGAAAAAUUCUUAUAUGAAUACAUACUACAAGUUAGAAAACAAUUAGCUGAAUGUAAAUAUUUAAUAACAAAACAGUUAUUGAGUAUACAAGCCGCGCAAAAUAUUGUUUCGAACCCAGAACUAUUGGCAACCAUUGAACAUGUGCCGAGUACACAGAAAUUACUAACAUUGCUGCCAACAUUCAAAAGAAAACAAACCGCGACACCUAUAAAACAAAAAAUUGAUGCCAUAUCUAUAUUAACAAAAGCCCCUUACGGAUAUAGUUUUCUAUGUAAAAUGUUACAAUUACCAAGAACGGCGGGAUUACUUACGUUAAUAAAACAAGCUGAACAAAUUAUGUCUAUUGUUAACUCGAUGUAUGAACAACCUGAGACGGAAACAGUACCGCUGUAAAAUAACUCUGCAAGCUAUGAUAGCUAAAAGUUUUUAGGAUUUAAAGAUGUUACAAACAAUGGAUCUGUCUUGUAAUAGGUCUUGUAGAUGUUGUUGUGAUGUGACGGGGAAUAUGAAGGGCAACAGACCACGGCGUAGAUCGCCAAUUAGUUGGACCGAUCAAAUCGGAGCGGCUGUAGAUGUCCCUACACAAGCAUACCACCACCAGUCUGAAAAGAUUGCAACGGCAAAGAAGAAGAUGUUGUGAUGUCAAACAAAGCAAUGAAGUUGCUAAAAGCGGGUCUGUAAGAAAUUGAUUAAGAACUGCAGAAGGCAGGAGUAGUCAUCGCAAUAGAGCCAUAGCCAUAGAGCUUUUUCCCGAGAAAUAUGUGAAUUAUAUUUCAAUAAGGCUGAAAAUACAAAUGGAAUGUGACCAGUGGCAAUUAUAAUGUAACUUAAUUGUUAUUAAAUAUUAAAACUUAUGUAAAUUGUAUGAAAUAAUAA